GAUGAAGGUGUUAAGUUUACAGACGGUCCCUGAGCAGGUGGGCGUUUCUGUUUGUUGCUCUUCCAGAAAAGACAGUGGGAUCUGAAUCAGAGAGCAGCAAUCACUGCUGGGGAGAACUGCAGCAGAGUGAUGCUCAUAUGACCCGGCUUGGACGGAGAAGGAGGACAAAUGGAAGGCUCUUACUUCUCUGCUGUCCCGGCUGCUGGGAAUGAGCGCGACACAAGCCUGGACGUCUUGAGUUUCCUGGACACCCUGAGGACGGACAAUGGGACGGUGGAGCAGUGUUACAGCACCCGGUCCCACAGCACCGUCCUGCAGGGCCUGCCGUUCGGGGGCGUGCCCACUGUCCUCGCCAUCAACUUCGUCCUCUGGCUGGUGCUGCUCCUAGUGUUCUCGUGCCUGCGGAAAGCAGCAUGGGAUUAUGGACGGUUGGCAUUGAUAAUGGACAAUGACAGCCUCACAUCUCUGUUCUAUGGAGAGCCGAGCGAGAAGGAGAAAUCGCCUCCCCCCUCUGAAUCCAGUCCCUCGGACAUGGAGACUAAAGAUGUGGGCUUCUGUUCUUGGCUUUCGUCGAUCUAUCACAUGAGAGAUGAAGAGAUUCAGAGUAAAUGCGGGAUAGAUGCCACUAUCUACCUCUCGUUCCAGCGGCACAUCCUGGUCCUCAUGGUUAUUGUCUGUGCCCUCUCCAUCGCCGUCAUCCUGCCUGUAAACUUCUCCGGAAACCUGCUGGGAGACAGACCUCAGCAUUUUGGAAGGAUGACUAUAGCUAAUGUUCCUGCACAGGAUCGCUUCCUGUGGCUGCACAGUGUUUUCGCGUUGCUGUAUUUUAUUAUCACCGUGCUCUGCAUGGCGCACCACUCAGUGCAGCUGGAGUACAAAGAGGAUGAGAAGGUGGCGAGAACGCUGAUGAUCACGUCAAUUCCCAAGGAGAUCUCCGACACGGGGCUCAUCGUGAAGCACUUCCACGAAGCUUACCCAAGCUGCACAGUGAACGAUGUGCAUUUCUGUUAUGAUGUUCGGAAGCUGAUGAAGCUUGAUGCUGAAAGGCGCAAGGCAAUGAAGGGACGGCUGUACUUCACAGGGAAGGCUCAGAAAGAAGGGAAGGUUAUGAUCAAAAGCCACCCCUGCGCUCAGAUCUUCUGCUGUGACGCCUGUGGGUUUGAACAGGUGGAUGCAGAGCAGUAUUACAGCGAGCUGGAAGAAAAGCUUACUGAUGAGUUCAAUGCUGAGAAGAACCGCAUUGCCCUUAAAAGACUGGACAUGGCCUUCAUCACCUUUCAGGACGAGAGGAUGACUGCAAUCAUUGUAAAGGAUUAUGGCCGGACUCCGUGUCGCAGGAAGUUGCAGCAGUCCAGCAUAACCACCGUUGUCAAGUCCCACCAGUGGGGGGUACAGUAUGCUCCAGCACCCACUGACAUCAUUUGGGAAAAUCUGUCCGUGCGAGGCUCCAGGUGGUGGGUGCGCUGUGUCCUCUUCAACAUCUGCCUCUUCAUCCUGCUCUUCUUCCUCACCACUCCAGCCAUCAUCGUCAACACCAUGGACAAGUUCAACGUGACCCGGCCCAUCGAGAGCCUCAGGAACCCGCUUGUGACCCAGUUCUUUCCGACACUGCUGCUGUGGGCGUUCUCGGUCUUCCUCCCGUUCAUCGUUUACUACUCUGCCUUCUUCGAAUCUCACUGGACCAGGUCAAGCGAGAAUCAGUUAACAAUGCAUAAGUGCUAUUUCUUCUUGGUGUUUAUGGUGAUCAUCUUGCCUUCGCUUGGUCUCUCCAGCUUGGAUUUGUUUUUUCGAUGGCUCUUUGACAUUCACUUUCUAGAUGAGGCUGACAUCAAAUUUCAGUGUGUGUUCCUGCCUGAUAACGGUGCUUUCUUUGUGAACUAUGUGAUCACAUCAAGUCUGAUUGGCACAGCCAUGGAGCUGCUGAGGAUCCCGGGGCUCGCUGUGUACGCUACUCGGCUGUGUUUCGCCAAGUCUGAAGCCGAGCGCAUUCAUGUGAAAAGGAACCAAGCCUACGAGUUUCAGUUUGGCUUGGAGUACGCCUGGACGAUGUGCAUUUUCGCAGUAAGCAUGACCUACAGCAUCACCUGCCCCAUCAUCGUUCCCUUUGGACUCGUCUACAUGAUCCUGAAGCACCUGGUGGAUCGCUACAACAUCUACUAUGCUUACAUCCCAACAAAGCUAAAUCAGCGCAUUCAUUCUGCAGCCAUCAGCCAGGUCAUCAUAGCUCCAAUCCUCUGCAUGUUCUGGCUGCUGUUCUUCUCAGUGCUCAGAUUAGGACCAGUUCAUCCCAUCACACUGUUCACCUUUGUGGCUCUGCUGUUUUGUAUCGCCGUCUCUCUCUUUGGGUUCUGUUUGAAGAGACUCCAUCCAAAGAAACCCACAAGCUACCAGAUGUCGGAUCAGCAGACCGAAGGGGUUUUUAACGACAACGAAAGAAGCAGCGUGUCCUCCACCCCAAACUCCAACGUUUUUGUAGCCUCGGUGCUUCAAGAUCCUGAGCUGGGACUCACGCCCAUGCCAUCGCCGGCACACCAGAGCUACGGCACCAUGGAGAACAGGAUCGAGACGCUCAGCAAGGAAGAGGAGACCCGUCCAGAGGCCUUUGAAUCGGAACUUGAGAACCGGCAGUACUUCUCCAGCGGACCCCUGGUCGACAGCGAUAUUGGGUACCAUUAAGAGGGAUCUCCACAAGGAUCCAGAGUUCAUAUCACUGAAGAAGAAUUGUGCUGCAUUUACCCACAGCUUAGAGGAAAGCCUUCACCUGGUUUCAUCCUCUACGUCCUUGCUAUUGUCACCAGUGUUGCAACAGAAGCAGAAGCAGCUUGCAUGACACAGUCCCUCUCUCCCGUAUGUUCAGCACACAGCUUGUGAUGUGCUUCAAUGUGUAAAGGUCACUUAAGCAGGAUGCACAAACAAAAGGAUGCAGGUGUUAAUCAUCAAUUUUAGAGAAUAACUAAUAUGCUGCUUACAGUAGCUGUUCUGUAAGAUCAAGGCAAUGCUACUUAGCUAUUCUGUAAUUUCCCAUUGGGUAUUUCUGCUUCAUUUACAGUCAGACCAGACUGGCAUUGCAUUUGAAGUGAUAUUUUCUGUUAUGGCUUGGCAUUGAUCUGUAUUAUUUACAGCUUACCAAAUCGUUUUUUGUAGACAGGCUGAUAUGUGUUUUGUCACAGGCGAGCCUCAGUCAAUUGGACAGGCUUGGCAAACACUGUUUGUAAUAGAGGACACCAGUCGGGUGUGUCAGGGGCCUUGGCAUUGCUCGAUUGGGAAGGCCACUCAAGAUCCACUGCUCCUCCAACCAGGACUGACCACCAUCUGCCUUCUCCGGACACCGACUUCUAAAACGGACAGUCUAUUGCACGUGGAAAUCAUUUUAAUCCUCUUGUUCAUGGUGUUCCGGCCUUCAGGCUGAAGUGAGAAAAAAAAAAAAAAGAUUUGAUUUGAAGAUUUGAUGAAGGACAGCAUUUAAAUAUUCACUACCGUUUUGUGCAGGCAGUGGUGGAGAAUUCCUAUCUCUCACCUCUAAAGAAAUUGUAAUUAAGAUUACAGGGCUAAACGUGAUUCAGUUAGAGAUUAGCGCCUUUGUAAAAGACUCUAUCUAUGACAGAUAAACUAGAGAACAGUGUAAUACAUGCAGAGUUAAAAAUAGGACCUCUGAUUACUAUCUCAAUUACUGUCUGUCUUGCUUCAAGGUGUUUUUUUUUUUUUUCAUAAUAUAAUGCAGCCUUUAUACAGUGAUACCUUUUAAGAGUUUAGCAGCAUGCAACCUCGAUGCAGAUAAAGUGUAAUCCUAAAUGUUUGUUAUAUGAGAGUAAAGAAUGGGGUUCUUUGGUUCGGUUUUAUGGCAAAGCUUGAAACAGUGAUUGCUCUAGACAGGACUAGAAAGAGGGAGUGCUGUAGAUAUCUAUCUAUGGAGGUGUCCCUGUACAUAGGCUUUUAUAUAUACUAGGUUUACAUGCUUUUCAGUGUCAAGGUGUAUAAUUGCCUGUACUUUGCUGUCGAAACAGGCAUGGAGUAUGUUGCGAUCCUGCCAUUUUUUUCCUGUAGCGUUUUGUGAUCUCUUUCUAGUGCAAGAGUGGAGGUCUUCCUUGUAUACGAUAAAAGAAAAGGUGUUGUGUAAUAAUGUUUCCUGUACGCUGUUGCUGUGCCUUGGAAUAAUCUCCUUUACUGACAAUCCAGCAUGGCCUGGGAUAUGCUGCAUGGAUUGAAACUCGGAAUGAGGAGUAUGUGGGUAAAAACAAUGUUAACCCUUUACUGUCCUGGGUAUGUUCCCACACCUGUUUUGAAUGCCUAUUUUCUCAAUGCCAAAUAUAUUGGACACUGGGCAGCAAUGGUUACAAGUGUCCUCAUGCACAGAAAAACAUGUGUUCAGUUUUCUAAAAGCAUUAAUAUCCUUAUAUGCAGUAACUGUCCCUCCAAUCUGUUAUAUAGCAGGUAAUGACUUCUGCGUCCAACAUUAAUGCUUAGUUAGGAGCUUCUUCUGCAUUUCUGCUCUCAGUGGGAUGUGCUGGGGUCAUGGGCUCAUACAGCAUGUCUGGUUAAAUAUUGACAUAAAACAGGGGAUUGGUGCAGGUUGUGAAGUAGCUUUGUUGGUUUGUUUUUAUUAAUGAAUGUAUUCCAAAAUAUGCCAUCGUAAACUCUGUACUAAUAAUAUUCAUCGUGCACCUGUUACUACACCACGAAAUAACCUCAGACUUGAGCAGCUGGUUUCACAGAGCCUGACUCACACUAGUCUUGGAUUACCUUACCUAAGAUAACAUUAGGCAGUCCAAGAUUAGUGCAAAUCGGGGUCUGUGAAACCAGCCAUGAAAGGGGGCUGCUAAAAUAAACACCUGCAUAAAAGGAAUCUCCUGAAGAAACCUGACAUUGCCUUUCUAAUAUAGCGUUACAGAUUGACCCUAAAAGUGUGAUUGUCUUUCACAAAUUCACAGAAGACCGCCCCAGUUUCAUUUUAAAGACGAUGUAUUGCUAUGUUCAACAGAAUGCAGUCUGUUAUUUUCCUGCUGGCUACAGUGUGUUUUUUACAGAAUGUAUACGCAGCUUUAAAAUAAGUUUGAGUUGAAUUGACCUAUUUUGAGCUGAAAUAUGGCCUUGGCUCCCUCAGCACGAUCCUUCAGGCCAAAUAUUAAACUAGAACUUUUAAACUAAACCAUAUUGGAUUUCAAUUAGAGUUCAAUGUGGCACUUUUUCUAAUGGUUUAAAAUAUUUGUUGUCAUUAUAACCUAAAUAUGGCUUUUACAAAGAGUAGAAUGGGAUGUGUAUAUGAUUUUUUAAUGAGUGGGUUGGUUUUAAGAGUCUCUAAGAAAUUCUGUAUAUUUCAUUAAAACAUUAACAGUUU